CAUCCAACCAAAACACACAACAAUACACAUAUAGUUUCCCCCAACAAAAGACAUUUCCAAAAUGGCCACCAUCAUUUGGCCUCACCUCUUGAUCAUGUUCACUGUGGCCGCCGCUCUACUCGUCACCAAUGUCGCCGGAGAUCAUCACCUUGAUGGAUACACACCUCCCGCUCCUUAUGCUCACAAAUCAUGGCCGCCUUCUCCACAUUCUUAUUACAAGUCCCCCCCGCCGCCGUCUCCCCACUGGCCGGUGCCGUCGCCGCCUCCACCUUCUGACCCUUGGUCACCACCUCCACCUCCUCCUUCAUGGUCGCCGCCGCCUCCUUCAUGGUCAUCGUAUCCUCCUCCUCCGUACAAAUACAAGUCCCCGCAUCACCCGUCAUGGUCAUCGCCGCCACCGCCUUCUUCUCAUCAUGCUUAUGAGUCUGGCCGUGAUUAUGAAAAAUCUCGACUGUCUCUUCUUGCUCACGACAAUUACUACAAACACAAAUCUCCGCCACCGCCGCCUCACGUCAAGAAGUAUCCUUCUCCGGUCCACAAACCUCACCGCAAGUCUCCUCCGCCACCACGUCACGUCAAGAAGGAUCCUCAUCGCAAAUCUCCUCCGCCACCUUAUCACAAACACAAAUCACCACCAAUGCAUCACUCCCCGCCGCCUCCUUACCAUCAUUAAAGACCGAAAGCGAUCGAUUAAUUUCCAGAUCAAAUAUGAGAUAUCUACAUUCACUUAAGAUAGAGUUAGAUCAAAUAUGUUUGUUUGUUUGUUUGUUGAAGUCUUUAACAUAGAGUUAGAUCGUCCUUAGUGAUGCUCUUUAUCAUGAUUCGAAUGUUGUAGCUCAUUCCCCUUAGUUCUCA